CACUCUCGGAGGCUAUGGCAGCUGUUGCUGGGGGGGGGCUGGAUCCCGGCUCGCAGCUGACCCUCCAGGGGGCUGUGCUGGGGCUGCUGUUGAGCCACCCGGGGGGCAUCCCCCUGCGGGAUUUCGGGAGGCUCUUCCACCAGCACCAUGGCCGGCGCCUGGAUCUGCCCCGGCACAGCUACCGCUCGCUGCGCCACCUGCUGGGUGACAUGAAGGAGCUGGUGGUCCUGGACGAGGAGGGCAAGGAACCAUGGGUCCGGUGCCGGCGCCCAGUCUGCAACCUGCUGCCGGAGGCCACGCCCCCCAAGAGACGCCUCCAUCAUCCCCAGGUCCACAAGGAGGCGCCACCCGAACGGCAGCUGGCAGAGGCUCCUAAAUCAGCUCCCAGGCCUUGGAACUCCUGCCACCACCUGGCUGCGCCCCCGGGCCACCCGCCGGCCGGAUCUGCCCCUGGGCACCAACCCAGCGCCUGGCUGCCCCGAGCUGCCUCGCUGAGCCGCUUCCCCAGCUCCCGCCUUCCCGUGGCCGCCCCCCGGCAGCUGCCCCUGCUGACCUUUGCCAACCAGCCACUGGGCCUGGCCACAUCCUGGGGGGCUGCCCUGAAUAGCCCCGCACCGGCCCCCAGCCGGCUGCCCCGCCCCACCCGCCCGGCCAGCCCCCGGCUGGACCCCCCCGCGGCCGAGCAGGCCGAGCUGGAGCAGAAUGCCUACGGCGCUGCCUCGGCCACCCUUCCCCUGGACAGCGGCCUCGGUGAAGGAGCAGCUGGCGGCCAUGCCGGGGCGGUCAGGGUGCAGGGCUGGGGUGCAGACGAUGCUCUUUCGGUCUGCCCCCAGGAGCUCCCCAGCGAGGAGACUGGUCUCUCCCCGUCUCUGCCGGAGGCCGUCGUCGCUCUUGCCAGCCCCAAUGUGGCACCGGCCGCCCCAGCUGUGCUCUGUCCGUCUCCUUCCAUCUCUGCCAGCUCCCCAGAGGCCCCCCUGGCUCCUGCAGGCCCAGAGCAGCCCCCUGUCCUUUGCAGCCCUCCCCCAGGGCACAGGAUGGCACCGGGGUCCCCAGCUGAGCUCCCCAUGCCCCCCGCUGCCUCGGCAGCCCCCUGGCCACCAGAGACGGGAUGGGAGCAUGAAUCCACGGGGCCCAUCACUGAGCAGACGGACGUCAUGGAGGGCAUCGCCACAGCUACACCAGCUGCUGGCACUGUGCCAUCUGAACUGGGGGCCGAGCUCUCCCUGCCAUUGGCUCUGGCAUCGUCUGUAUCCCUGUCCCCUGCAGGUUCCCCCUGCGGUCCCACCCCACCGCUGAGCCUGGACCAUGUGGUUGCCACGGAUGCCGUCCUCUACGGCCUUAACUCUGCCCCCAGCUCUGCAAGCUGUCCCAGCCCAAAGCCAUCCUUUUCCCCAGCUUUGCCAGGACCCAUAUCUGGUGUCCAUCCUCUGAUGGCCGUGCUCUCCCCUGAGCCAGCCUGGUCCCCCAUCCAAGAUAUCCCUGGCACCGCAGAUUCCCCCAGGGAGAGAUCACCCUUCAGGCCCCUGCCUCUGGGUGAGCCCAGCUUGGCAUCCCCCUACAAACAUCGGGAGGACGGGGGGGCACCAUGGGCGGCCAUCAAGCCAGAGCCCCGUCUGCCCCGAAUCUCCCCGCCCCACCCCCCACCUAUGGGGAGUAAGAGGAAGCCACCCAAGCGCAAAUCUGACAGCUGUGUCCUUCUGUGAGGUGGGCAUUGUGAGUUGACGGUGUCUGUGUGAAAUUGGCAUGGGGGGCGUGAAAUUGACAUGGGUGGGGACAGCACAAUGGGCUGGGUCAGGCUGGAUAGGAGGAGGGUUGUAGGACAAGCACCCACAUGUGUUAGAAACGCUUCUCUCCUGCUCGGGGAGAGGGAGCCGGAUUCUGCCCUGGCUCCCGCAUCGCCAGCUGAGAGCGGAUCUGGAGUGGGCAGAGAAGGGGAGAUGGUGAGGAGAAAGUGGCAGAGGGGUCGAUGUGGGGUUGGGUGGAGUCUUCACGAUGGUCAGCGGGCCAGUUUGAAUGUAGGUGGAUGGCCCGUAUCCUUGCAGCACCCCAGUGUGGGGCUGGAUUGGCCUCAGUGCCCCCUUGAGGUGGAAGGCAGCUGCCCUCCAAGUGAGGCAGCCAGUUCCCUCCCAGUAGCACUGGUCUGAGUGAGAGGUGGAUUCACUAGCCUAGAGUACAUAGAAACAUUUACUCCUUCCCUUAAAGCUGGGGUCUUUCUGGGAUUCAGCCAUCUGGGAUGGAUCCAGAACCCACCCUCUUUUAGUGUAGGGGCUGGGGCAGAUCUAGAACCCACCCCAGCAUGGUGGUAAAUCUGGAACCCUCUCCAACAGUUGGGACAAUCUGUUGAAUCUAGAACUCACUUGGUUUGGGAAAGGGGGGUCUAGAACCUGUUCCACUUGGUGAGGAAGGGCUGGGAAUCUAGAACUAGUUAGAUUCUGGUGUGGGGCUUCUGGAACACACUCCGUUUGGUCAGGACAUGUUGGGAUCUGGAACCUGUCCCUCUUUGAAUCUAGAACCCCCUCCAUUAUGUGGAGGCCUGAGGAAUGUAGCACUGAUUCUGGUGGAGAAUCUAGAACAUGUUCCAUUUUGUUGUGGGCUGGGGAAUCUAGAACCCCCUCCAUUCCCUGGGGAUCUAGCCCCCACCCCAUUUCGGCAGGGGCAUGCUCACACCCAGUGUUAUGGGGAGCUGGCGGGAGAGGGUCUGUGGCCGCUCUGGAGCCAUAUCAUUGCCCUGAGCAAAGGAAAAAUGUUAUUUAAAUAUUUAUAUUCCCACCCCUUUGGGGGAAUCUUGUCUUGUUUUUUAUUUAAUGAAUCUCCAGCUGUUCUCUCAAUAAAAAUUGCUUCCUGAAUAAUCUCCUUUCUGCAACAUUUUUCUCAUCAGGGAGGGGAAAAUCCAUGAUCUGGUAGGGAAAUCACCUCUUAAAGGUGCUAGAGCAGAGUGACCCUUGGCUUGCAGAACCUAGAACCCAGCAAGGCUAUGUCAUCACUGCAGGCUCCUUCACAUAACCCGUUGGGGCAGCGUGUGCUGCAGGGAGGUGACCAGGUUGGCUCAGUGCUGAGUUCUCUCGAGCAACUUUUCCAACUAA